CGCAGCCCGAAAUUGGGUCACCUAGUGUGACCUUUCCAGCGAGCUCUUCGGUCCAGCGUUAGACGUUCCACAGCUUCCAGCAGCUUCGGCCUCUCGUCCCGUCGUCGCAACGCAACCACCGUCGCAGCCAUGGCAAACUCACACGAUUUUAAAUUAAGUGCUUCCACAGCGAACUUGAAAUGCACAGAUUUACUACCGUACAAGAACACGGACGUCACCCUGGAGUUCCUCCAGAAGGUCGUCGACGUCCUCAAGGAGUUCGUCAUGCAGACCAACGACCGCAACGUGAAAAUCCUCGACUUUCGUCAUCCAGAAGACAUGAAAAAGAUCCUCGACCUUGAGAUACCCGAGCAGGGCUUGAAUUUACAAACGCUAAUCAACGAUUGUGUCAGCACUCUGAAAUACCAAGUGAAAACAGGUCAUCCACAUUUCUUCAACCAACUGUCAACUGGUUUGGAUAUUGUGUCAAUGGCGGGCGAGUGGUUGACGGCGACGGCGAAUACCAACAUGUUCACCUAUGAAAUCGCUCCGGUUUUCAUUCUGAUGGAGAAUGUUGUGAUGACGCAUAUGCGGGAGAUCAUCGGAAGCAACUGGAAGAAUGGCGAUUCUAUUCUCGCACCAGGUGGUUCCAUUUCCAACCUCUACGCUUUCCUUGCUGCUCGUCAUAAGAUGUUCCCCAACUACAAGGAGAAGGGUAUUGCUACCAUCCAGGGACAAUUAGUCAUGUUCACUUCUGACCAAAGUCAUUACUCAGUGAAAUCAUGCGCUUCGGUUUGUGGUCUUGGUACUGAUAACUGCGUUAUUGUACCGUCUGACAUCAAUGGUAGGAUGAUCCCAGCUGAGUUGGAACGUCUCGUCGUGGACCGGAAAGGAAGAGGACACAUUCCAUUCUUUGUUGCUUGCACCUCUGGUACUACUGUAUUGGGUUCCUUUGAUCCCAUCAACGAAAUUGCUGAUAUCUGCGAGAAAUAUGGAAUGUGGAUGCAUGUAGAUGCUGCUUGGGGAGGUGGUCUUUUACUCUCAAAGAAGUACAGACAUCCGCGUCUAACCGGAAUUGAAAGGGCUUCGUCCGUCACAUGGAACCCGCACAAAUUGAUGGGAACGCUGCUGCAGUGCUCUACUAUUCACUUCAAGGAAGAUGGAUUGUUGAUGAGCUGCAAUCAAAUGGACGCCGAAUAUCUCUUCAUGCCGGACAAGCUCUACGAUGUCGAGUACGAUACCGGUGAUAAAGUCAUUCAAUGCGGACGACACAAUGACAUCUUCAAAUUGUGGCUGCAAUGGCGCGCAAAGGGCGAUGAAGGAUUUGAAAAGCACAUGGAUCGUCUGAUGGAACUAUCGGCUUACAUGGUGAAGCGCAUCAAGGAAAUGCCCGACAAAUUCUAUCUUAUUCUGGAACCGGAAAUGGUCAACGUUAGCUUCUGGUACAUCCCGACCAGAUGGCGCGGAGUUGCUCAUAGCGCACAGCGUGAAGUUGAACUCGGCAAGAUUUGCCCGAUUAUGAAAGGCCGCAUGAUGCAGAGUGGUACUCUGAUGGUAGGUUAUCAACCCGAUGAUCGAAGACCCAACUUCUUCCGAAACAUCAUUUCCUCGGCUGCGGUGACGGAAAAAGAUAUCGACUUUUUGUUAUCGGAACUCGACCGCCUCGGCCACGACUUGUAAGCUGGUUGCCUAUCUAGUUAAAUAACAGUUCAACCGUUACAGACGACGUGUAUAUUAUAAAUUCUUGUGGAACGUAAUGUAUAAACAUAAAACACAUGUAGUUAAGCCGGACAUGCUGCAACUUGACGACUUAAUUCUAUACAUAACUUGUUGUUCAUAUUAUUCAUUCUAUAUUUGACGAUUUUAACGAUGCGUUAUCGAUUCAAUCACAAAAUUUUAUGAUUGUUGUGUACAUUUAAAGAGAGAUUUAUGCGACGCCGCCAUUACAACCCAAAACAAGUAAAAACUUAAAGUUAUCGCGACGGAUGCGCACUCGCACGAGUAUAAACUAUAGCAUAAUUAAUUAUUUUGAUGAAGCAGGUGGAAAAUAUUUAAAUAUGUGGAAUAACCUGUUCCUUUGGAUGCAAACGAGGAAGUAACAACCAAUAUUAUCUAAUAGAAAAACAUAUCAAUGCGCAUAAUAUACAGUGCAUGAAAUAUAUUUGCAAUUUUAAACAUUUAAACAUUUUACAUUGAAAUAACUCACAGAUUACUAAAUUACAAAACACUACCUCACGAAAUAUACUCCCAGAUCAACAUCUAGUUGAUUAUACAACUACAUAUAUCUACAAUAUAAACAAAUAUAAUUCAUGCAUUGUAUGUGCAAAUGUUUCUUAAAGUUGACGGAGUUUUGUGAUUGAAAAAUGUAAAAUUCAUCACGUUUAUUUCGUUGUGUCCACGUAAACUACAUAACUGCGACUAUGAUAGUAAUGUUGUUAUUGCUGUCUCUUCGUUAUCCGUUAACUAUUAUCUAUGAAAACACUGUACUGUAAUCAAUAUUAUGAAUGUAAAAAAAAAUUGUGUGUUAGUUCCCUUCCAGCGCGAGCGGAAUCUGAAAGCAAAACUAAAACAAAAAACAUGAAACCUAAGUGUUUUACUUGUAGCGUAUAAAUUUCUAAUAUAAAGUAAUUAACCAAAAAAAAAAAACAAUUCACAUAUACUGAAAGUAUCAUAAUUUCGAACAAAAAUGUGUAGCUGACGCAAUAAAAUGUUGUAUAGAAGAAAACUCAUAUCUAAACGCAUAUAUAAAUAUAAAUAAUCUACUCACAACUAUCGUGUAAACAGUUGAUGAUUGUUUCUGUAUAAAAAAUGUACGCAGACGCUUAAUCUUAUUCGGUUGAAGAGUAUUACGAUAAAAAUGAUAGUAUAUUGUUGUUGAUUUGCGAUAUAUAGUUUAUAAACGAACAGAAAACAUAUAAAUAAAAGUAUAUAUUGAAAGUUUAUCGGGGGCAACCAAAAGAAAGCAAAAAUAUAUUCUAGUCUAUUGUAAAAACUGAGAAAAACAAAGAAAUUGGUAUAUUUAGAGAGACACAUUUAUAAGAACUGCCAGACUCAUUGAUGAUGACACUGAAUAGCUAAAAAAGAAGCCAAAUAUAUAGUAUUUUAGUAGGCGUUUACAUUUGAUCGAUUUAAUUUUGGUUUUUAUCGAAUUUUUUGCAAUUUACAAUAACAUGACGUUGAUGUAUAACAACUAACAACAAAACCAAGUCUUCCAUGCCGACGGUAUGCAGUUUAACUUGUACGCGUACACGUUGAUAGAAUAUAAACUUAAUUAAGCGCACUAAGUUGAUUUAGGACAAGAUUUAGUUCACUUAGAUUUAGAAUAAGUUAGAAUUGAUAUUGAUAUUGAUGAUGAGGACAUCAACGUUGGAAUCAUGUAUCAUUAGCACGCUUAAACAUGUGUAUCAAUUACGAUUAUUAUCUUUAAAGUUACUGGUUGGUUGGGGUAACAGGAGAUCUAUCAUCGAAAUUUAAAUAACCCUGGAAAUAUAUGUAUGUUGCGUUUGAAGUUUGAAUUUCAAACGAAUGAGAUGUAAUUAAUGAAAUAAAGUGUAAACUGAA